AUGGUCGAUAUAUUGAGGUUCAUAUUUAGUCGUUUUGGUCCACAACCUGUUCCAGCCUCUUUCACUCUCUCCUCUGCCACAGAGAGUAAUGUGUUAGUGGUUAGUGAGGGAAGCACUGGCACGUCUCUGUUGUUUCUUACAGCCGUAACGGCCGCUGCAGAACUGGGACUUAAAGUUAUAUUUUUUACACACAAUGCAUUUCAGAAGUUUCCAGUGUGUCUGCAAUCCAUCCCUAACUUGAACCCUGACAGCCUGAAGAGAAUCAGGUUUGUGUACUCUAAAACACUGGAUGAGCUGCUUCAUGAUGUGGCUUCACUACACGAGCUCCUUGCCAAAGCUGCUGCCCCCCCUUCCCUGUUGGUGGUGGACGGUUUGGAGCGUUAUCUCCGUGAGGCGGGAACCAGGAGCACGCCGCUGAAGGGCGAUCGGAGUGCAGCCGCGCACUUAGCCGCUCUGUUGCACGACACCGCCACUUUCUUCACGCAGAACCACGCUCCGUGUCGAGUUAUGGCUUCCUUUCGGCUCAACCAAGACAGCCGAGAGACGUCUUGUCCUGACCCCCUCCUCGCUGUUCUAGACCGCUACCUCCAGGUAAGAUGUACUUUGACCCAGGAGAGGAGGGGUCUGCCUGCUGAGGCGGAAGAGCAGGCUGUCUGGCAGGUGUUCCUCUCAGGCUUGGGGAUCAGAACAGGCCCUGUUGAUGCUGUAAGCCAUUGGAGUUUAGGGAUAGGGCCAAAUGGAGCAAUGCAAUUCUCACCAGCCAUCAGUCCAGAGGAGCAUCCAGAAACACAGCAAACUGUAUCGGUUUAA